AUGUGCCUCGACAGUCAGCUCCAAGAACUCCAGCUUAUCCAACACUCCCUCCUUCCAGGUGAAUCAUUCUCCUUCGCGCUCCCUCCAGAAGAUUCUAGAAUAUGGACCUCGCUACUCCACUCCUUCAACACUGCUGCUAGCACUACAACUCUCUCAUCUCUGCUCAGCCCAGUUCCACAAGUCAAGUUCGAAGUGAAGGCUGCGGAUGCACGGAUCUUCUUCGAGGUACAGUUCCCAGAGCGAUACCCGGAGGAUUCGGAUGUCGACACCGCUCGGGUUCCCUUCAUCUCGGUCAACGGGGAGGGCAUAUCCAGAGAUGAAGCAUCACCGCUGGCGGGCCUUUGUUCAGGAGAAAUCAGCCGAGAACAGCAGAGCACAAACCGUCUCCCAGAGAAAGCAGACUACCACGCCCUCCUGACGUCUCAUCACCUCGUGUCCCCAACAAAACGGCGGUCGUUACAGCGAUGGUCCUCUGAACUUUCGAUAUCUGGCUUCGCCAAAGUCGGCUACCCGGGCGUCAUUUAUGCACAGGGUUCACAGGAAAAUAUACAAGAAUUCGUUGCCAAUGUCAAAUGUAUGCAGUGGCUGGCGCUAAGGGUGCGGUUUGUGGAACCCAUAGAUCUGGCCAACGAUAAGAAUCAUCGGGGUUGGACUGAGUUCCAGAAGGUCGGAGAAGUUGUGGAAGAGAUGAAAAGACGCGGCAGGGACAAAUAUAUCACAGAGAUGGGCAUCGGAAGUUCGGCUUUGCAAUGA